AUGUUGCAAAAGACAAAGAAUGAAUGGGAUUUUCAUUCCCUCUUUUUCUAGUAGAAUCUAACCGUACCUUACGAGUCAUCAUGUCCUUAGGCUUUAGAUGUGAGGCACUUUCGUUUGGGUGGCCAAGUUAAGAACCAAGCUUUAAGCUUUUCCACCCCAUUUUAAAACAAGGUGAUUCUGCGAGUGUCACUCAACUCACUGCACUACAAUGUGCAUUUAAUUGAGAAGAAAAAAGAAUAAAGAAACAGCAAAAGCUCUUCAUUACACAACUUGUGUUGAGUCACUGAGGUGAAGUGGGUGGUGUCAGUGUUCAUCAAUGGCCACCACAUACUAUCACUGAUUGUGUGUGUGUAUGUGUGUGUGUGUGUGUCACUCAUCUUCAACACACGAAGGUGUUGCUUGAAUCCUGUGUCUUUUCUAGGUAGUUGUUACUACUUCAACCACCACGCAUGUUGCCACUUCCAACAAUCCCACCAUUUCACUGACACAAAACCCCAUUUUCACAAGAGCCAUGAAGCAAAAUUCGCCACCUCCACCACCCCCGCCACCUCCAACAACAACAACAACAACAAAAAAUGUGUUGAAGCUUCCGACCAAUUUAACUCCAUUACGGUUCAGACCUUCUUCCAAGUCCAAAGAGCCUCCAAAGACGCCACCAGAGGUUGUCAAUGUCAAUGGGGUGGUGUCAGUAUCAUCAAGGAGAGCUAAGUCUGUGACUCCAGAAUUGAAGAACAAUUCAAGGGUCAAAAGGGGUCUUGUUAUGAACAAGGCCAAACCCAAUGAUGAGGUUUUGGGAACCCAAAAGGGUAGGGAAGUUGAAGAGGCCAAGGUUGUGGCUCGUUUUGUGAGUCGCCAUGUUGUAGAACAGUUUGCUAGAACAAGGAGUGGGGUUGCGGAUUUUGCUUUCAAGAGGGAUAAAGUGGACCCUGAUGAGAAGAAUAAGAAGGAAUUGAUGGAGAAGCUUGAGGUGAGUGAGAGUUUGAUCAAGAAUCUGCAGUCUGAGGUGCUUGCAUUGAAGGCUGAGUUGGAUAAAGUUAAGAGCUUGAAUGUGGAGUUGGAGUCUCACAAGAAGAAACUCACUGAGGAUCUUGCUGCUGCUGAAGCUAAGGUGGUAACUCUGGGUGGCAGUGAAAAGGAGCCAAUUGGAGAAAAUCAGAGCCCCAAGUUUAAACACAUUCAGAAACUCAUUGCUGACAAAUUGGAACGGUCUAUAGUGAAAAAGGAAUCCAGUACUGAUGGAUGCUUUGUUAAAGCACCAAUUCCUGCACCAACAGCAAUUCUUGCCAUUCCUGAUGCUACAACUAAAAGUAUACAAAGAAAGCCUACACCAAACCCAUGCCCGCCGCCACCUCCACCACCAAUACCACCAUCAAUCCCUUCUAGGCCUUUAGCAAAAGCAAAUAACACCCAGAAGGCACCUGGAUUUAUGAAAUUGUUUCACUCGCUAAAGAAUCAAGAAGGGUUGAAAAGCACAAAAGGAUCAGUUAAACCAGAGAAACCAGUGGCUGUCAAUGUACACAGUAGCAUUGUUGGAGAAAUUCAAAAUCGUUCUGCUCAUCUUUUAGCAAUAAGGGCAGACAUCGAAACAAAAGGAGAGUUCAUUAAUGACCUUAUAAAAAAGGUGGUAGAAGCAGCCUACACGAAUAUUGAAGAUGUUUUAAAUUUUGUUAAUUGGCUCGAUGGGAAACUCUCAUCAUUGGCUGACGAGCGUGCAGUCUUGAAGCAUUUUAAUUGGCCUGAGAGGAAAGCUGAUGCCAUGCGUGAAGCUGCAGUUGAGUAUCGUGAACUUAAAUUGCUAGAACAAGAAAUUUCCUCCUUCAAGGAUGACCCUGAAAUUCCAUGCGGAGCUUCCUUGAGAAAAAUGGCCAGCCUAUUAGACAAGUCUGAGUGCAGCAUACAAAGGCUAAUCAAGUUGCGAAAUUCUGUAAUGCGAUCAUAUCAAGAGUAUAAAAUUCCAACUGCUUGGAUGCUUGAUUCUGGAAUCAUGACCAAGAUAAAGCAGGCUUCCAUGACUCUGGUCAAGAUGUACAUGAAAAGAGUGACAAUGGAGCUUGGAUCAGCUCGGAACUCAGACAGACAAUCUAGUCAAGAAUCCCUUCUGCUUCAGGGCAUGCAUUUUGCAUAUAGAGCUCAUCAGUUUGCUGGAGGUUUGGAUGCUGAAACUUUGUGUGCUUUUGAGGAGAUAAGGCAACAUGUACCAGGACACUUAGCAGGGUCUCGAGAACUUUUGGCUGGCAUAGCAUCUUCAUGAGAGGACUAAGAUAUGUUAUGCUUUCUUUUCCUUAUCUCCAAUGUUCAACACUAAUAACCAUUCAGGAGAAUAAGAUGGAACAUGAAGAGAUUCUGAAGAAAGAACAUUACAUGGAGUAGUUGAGCAAGUCAAGUAGCUAAUUUGCACUCCUAUGGUUACAAACUACCAGCUUCCCAUUGUCUUUUCUGUGAAUAGAAUCUUCAUGGUCAUCGAGGUUAACUAGUUUUUAUUUUGGGUAAAAUAUGUUUUCAAUUUCUGUAAAUAUGGUUAAAUUGGAUUGAUUUUAAUCUUUCAAAUUUUUUUGCUAAUUUUAAUUUUUAUGAAAUUUAAUUUUUU